AUGCAAGCACUGCUCAGUGAUGAAACACAUUUGCAUUCCAACAUCAUUGAAUUGACUCAGACAGCUAUCAAUGCAGCUGAGAAUUUAAUUGUCAUUGAUGCUGACACUUCAAAUGUUAACAUUUUACAAAAUACUGUGUCCGCUGCAGUCAAAUCCUUCACAGUAAAGAUUCAUAAAAUUCAACAAUAUAAUUUCUAUGAAAUCUCAAUUGAAACAGUGACUGAUGAGAUUUCAGUGAUCACAUCACCAGUCGCAGCUCUCAAGUCAUCAUUGAAACAUCAUACUUCAUCAAUUGAAAAAAUUCAGAGUAAUAAACAGAUCUGCUUUGAUGAUAAUUUCUUAAAUGACACUGAUCAAGCUGAGAUGAAUCUGUUUUUUAAUCUCUGA